AUUUAAAUUCAAACAAUAGAAAUGCUAGUGACAGUGAAAUAAUUAAAGAUUAAUUGUUAAAAAUUAUAUUACAUAUAAUUCAGACCGUUGUAAACAAACAAAGAAACAAAGGAAGACGAAGAAAAUAACCUGUAGAAACUCACAAACACGUUUUUAUUAUAAAUUGAAAUUGGUGUAAUAAUCCAAGCCAAAAGUCACGCUUUGCUUAAGUUUAGUAUAUUACACACACACAUAUAUAUAUAUAGUAAUAGAAAAAAGUCUUCGUCUUUCUUUUUUAUUAUCGGAUUUCGUGAUUCGAUAUAGAAAAGUUUGUGCACAACGGUCUCAUUUCAUAUUACACGCGAUCGCAAGUGUUCUUUUUUUGAGAGAGAGAAAGAGAGAUUAGGUUAGUUCGCGUCCGGAAAAACAGCAGAAGGCGCUGCGGACUUUCGUGCGCGAGAAUAAUCAAAAUCAAUGCAAUAGUGCAGUGUUCCUUGAUCGUCUUGCAGGUGUUUUUUUGAAAAGUAUUUUUUUCCUCCCCAAUAAAAAUUCAUCAUGUCGAAUGGACUAGCAGUGUUAAACAAUAGCAAAGCAGUUCAAAAUUUGACCUGUAACGCUUCGCCAAUUGUCUCCACAACACAAGGACAAGGAAAACACUCGGCGAGGAUGGAACAAUCGAAUACCUCGCACGCUGCUGUUAAAAGAAACGCUGAUAUUGCUCUAGAAGAAUUAUCAUCUCCUGUUUCAUCAGGUUCGCCGUGUUCAAAGAAACGUCACAAGAAUCCUCAACCAAAGAAUGCAGUGUGCGCUUUAAAUGAAUUAAAAGCGGGUGCUGUUUAUAAAGUUGUCUCACAAACUGGUCCAACACACGCUCCAAUAUUUACUAUAGCGGUGCAGGUUGAUGGACAAACAUAUGAAGGAAAGGGACGUACUAAAAAAUUGGCAAAGCACGCAGCUGCCGAAUUGGCAUUGAGAAAUAUUGUACAAUUUAGAAAUGCACCUGAAAUUGUUCGUGUAAUUAAUACAAAUAAUUGUCAAGCAACACCAUUGGAGCCAGACUUCACGAGCGAUGUAACCGAACGUGAUAAUCAUUUGGUGAAUGCAUUUAAAACUCUCGCACAAGAGCCAAAGAGCGCCAGUAAAUUUUUAGACAAAGGCCCAGUAGCAUUAAUCAAUGAAUUAUAUCCGGGCGUUACUUAUAAAUGUAUUUCUGACACGGGCGAGAGUUAUGCAAAAUUCACCAUUGCAGUGACAAUUGAUGGCGAAACAUUUGAGGGUACAGGUCCGAGUAAAAAAUUAGCAAAAGCCGCAGCAAGUAAAGCGGCAUUGGCGAAAUUAAGAAAUGUUCAUAGUUCAUCAUUUUGCAUUCCAUUACCAGUACGUGUAUUGCCGAGUUAUGCUAAUUCGGGACACUGGCAGGAACAAAUGAGUCUACCACAAAUGUUGGCCGAUCGAAUAGGAAAAAUGGUCAAUCAAAAAUUUACCGAACUCGUGCAAAAUAAACCACAACAUGCGAGACGCAAAGUUUUGGCAGGAAUAGUUCAAACAAGAGGGAACGAAGCGGAAUUAAUUUGCGUUUCAACUGGCACUAAAUGUGUUUCGGGAGAACAUUUAAGUGUAAGUGGUGGAGCGGUAAACGACUGUCAUGCGGAAGUUGUUGCACGACGUUGUCUAUGCGAAUAUUUGUAUAAACAAUUGGAAUUACAUACAGAUAAUCGUGGUGAUGACUCAAUUUUAGAAGAAUCAAAACAAGGAUUUAAACUCAAGCAAGGUAUUCAAUUUCAUCUCUAUAUUAAUACUGCUCCUUGUGGUGAUGCCAGGAUUUUUUCGCCUCACGAAGAAAAUGAAUCGGUCGAUAAGCAUCCAAAUCGAAGAGCCCGCGGUCAAUUGAGAACGAAAAUUGAAUCGGGUGAAGGAACAAUUCCCGUGAAAAGUAGCGAGGGAAUUCAAACCUGGGACGGCGUUCUCAUGGGACAAAGGCUGCUGACGAUGUCGUGUUCGGAUAAAAUAGCUCGCUGGAACGUUCUAGGAGUGCAAGGAGCACUCCUGAGCCAUUUCAUAGAGCCAAUUUACUUCCACAGCAUCGUUCUUGGCAGCUUGCUAAAUCCUAGCCACAUGUAUCGAGCGGUUUGUGGGCGCAUCGAGAACACAAUACAAGGUUUACCGCCUCCAUACAGGCUCAACAAACCACUGAUGAGUUUGAUUACAUCUUCCGAAGUUAGACAACCUGGUAAAGCACCUAAUUACAGUGUCAACUGGACAAUUGGUCAAGUCGAAGCGGAAGUAAUAAAUUGCACGACUGGGAAAGAUGAACUUGGGAAACCGUCCAGAAUAUCAAAACAGGGACUCUUCAAAAAAUUCUACAACCUUUUGGGAAAACUUGAUACGAUUGAUGAUGCCGAUCAGAAUCAGUGUCGUCAUUAUUUAGAAGCAAAGUCAUCUGUCCAGAAUUAUUCGCUCGCUAAACGUCAGCUGAAGGAUGCAUUCGUCCGCGCUCAACUUGGCAGUUGGGUUAAAAAACCAAUUGAACAAGACAUGUUUGAUGUUGACAUCUGACUAAGCAAUGAUAAUAAUGUUUCUCGAUUGGGUUCGAAGAAACGUGUUUCCGAGUACGUUGUACCUCGCGUAAAUUAGAUCGAUCGUUCAGUGUGUCACGGAACGGUGGAUUUUGGUAUUAGUAAAGCAUAAAUUUUAGGAUCUCAAAAAACGUCUCUUAUUAUUAUUAUUACUUGAUUGAAUGCAAGAUAGAAGAAAAAAAAUGAUUUAAAUGUAUACAAGAAUGUCGAUAAUUCGCAUGAGUGUAUGUAUGUGUGUAGGAAAAAACAAAGUGUGAGACAAAAUACGUUUUUCUGUUUGAUUAUAAGAGUUAACUUGAAUAUUCAACUCUCAGUAAACUAUCACCUAAAUUUAAUAUGACUUCAAGUGUUAAAAUUAUAUUUAAGUAAUCAAUAUUCUCUAUUUAUAUAAAAUUUUUCACUUGAAGUAUAUUUCAUUUUUAAGAAUUUAAGAGUUGAAAAGUGUCCACACAAAAAACUAUUUCAAGUUCAUUCUUUAAUAGACAGUAAAUUAAUAUAAAUAUAUAUAUAUAUAUAUAUAUAUAUAUAUAUAUAUAUAUAUAUAUCGCGUCGUUUUUUGACAAUUCCAUAGACUGUUAGGAAAUUAAGAAAGAACUUAAUUAAUCUCGCGUAUAUUGUAAGAAUCAACAUUUAUUUUUUUUCUUUUUUUAGAUAAAUCCGUGAUUUUAUUUAGUAGAUAUAAAAAUUUGCUUAUCCUUAUUCGAGGUGAAUUUUCAUAAUAAUGAUAAGCAAGCCGGUACAUAUCUUUUAUUCGGUCUCUUCUAAGAUAAUAUAUUUCUCGCACGUAUAUAAAAAAAGAAUGUUCUUUAACACAAAACUAGAACGUAGUCAUCCGAAUUAAAUAUAUAGUUAAGUCAAAUAUUAUUCGAUUCAAUCUCGUUAAUAUAUUUUAUAGAAUUUAGGCGCGUUCACCAAUUCAUUCUUUUGAAAAGAAAAAGGGGGUGGAAAAAGAAGUAGUGAAUUGGAAUUUUUUUAAAAUGUCGAAACAUAGAGACUGCCGCGUCCUUCUUAUUUGAUAUCCUAAAAGGCUGUGAGCGAAUCUCGCAUUGAGGUAGUGAGCAAGACGCGGUAAUUAAUGUUAUUUAAUAAGUGAGAAAAAGUUGAUCAAAAUAAUUCCCACAAUUGCUCAGUUUCCUUGAAUCGGGGAAAAGAAUGAAAAUAUUGAUAAGAUUGUUUUUAAAUUAUUGAUAAUUGCGUUAAUUUUCGCACACGUUUUACAAUCACUUCCCUUUCACGCAUUAUAAUUAAUUAAUUUUAAACAAUCUUAUUUAUAUUUUUUUUUUAUCAAUUUAUUCACCCUCCUACUGUGGUGACGUGCAGUCAUUUUUUAUUAUUAUGUAUUUAGCUUGUGACUCCAUUAGAAUUUUAACAAUAUUAUUGUUGUAGUAAAUUUUUCCUCUUUAUCAAAUAGAAUGGUCAGUAUUUAAAGAAUUUACUUGAAAAAAUUUAAAUUUAACAUUUUCAUUCAAAACUACAUUUUAAACAUUUGAAUUAAAAAAAAAACUUAUAUUAAACGUUUUUCAAUGGAAAACUACAUUUCAACACUGUCCUUUAAAAACAUCAAAUAAAGUUUUGCAGUGUACACUUAAUAAUAAAUAUUAAAAUAAUUACAGUGAACGAUUUGCAAUAAAUGAUUUAAAAAAAUUAAAAAAAAAUACUGUUGACAAAUGAAAAGACAGUUGCAUGUAAAAUGUAGAUGUAAAAAUAAAACAUGCAAACAUUUUUUCAAAUCGGACAAGAGAAAUUUUUUGAUUAAGGCCUAAAUACAACAUUUUUUCCGUAAUCUGCUUUUUACACUUCGUGUAGGAGGGAAUUUAGCGAUAAUAUUAGAGUAAACAAUCAAUUUAGAGAUUUCUAAGAUUAAUUGCCUCACUAUGCCAGUAAAUUGUCAUUUUAUAAAUAAGAAAAAAAAAUAGUUCUGCCGUAGUGACACACUAUUCAACACCGAUCCAGUUUGAUGCGAAAGACACAAAAAAAUUAAUUUGGAAAUAAUUACCACAAACGUACUCUGAAAUAGUUUAAAAAAUACUAAUAACAAAUAAUUAUACACUUCAAACCACAAUGGUAUUAUCAAGUGUGUAUUAUAUAAAAAUUUCGUUUUUAAAUCUCUUAGUAAUCAAGUUCAAUUAUUGAAGAUCAUUUGCUUCUUAAAAUUAAUGAAAAAAAAUCGGCUCGAGUAUUUUUUUUUCAUUUCAGUCACAAUUUUUCAUCUUAAGGAAAUACUUGUGCCAAUUUAAAUAAUAUGUUCAGAUUUGCACACGAAAUCUGUCAAAAAAAAAAAAUAAAACAAAAGUGUGCUUCAAUUUGACUUAUAUCGCUGUGCAAAUGUUGGGCAAGAAAUUUUUUUUUUCCACACUCAUUGGUUAACUAUCAUGUAACAAACAAAUUGUAUUCUUAAUAAUUAUAAUAAUCUUAUAAUUAUUGGACUUAGCUCGUAAAAAUAAUUGUAAGUUAAUCUGAAAAAACCUGUAAACUACAAAUGCAUAAUAUAAAGAACGUGAAAAACGAAAACAAUAAAUGAAAGUAGAAUUGAAGAAAAAAAACUAGUAAACGAAAAAUAAAUAAAAAAUAGAGAAAAGAAAGUAGGAAAAAAAGAAACGAAACUAAAAAAAAUAAAAGUAAAAUAGUUUUUACUAAAAAGAAAAAAAAUGUUCUUUAUAUUGAAAGUAAAUGAAAAAACAAUUAAUUUCUUGCCUGGCAUAUGGAACACCAAAGAUUUCAAUUAUUUCUGAUAUAGAUAUUUUCAUAUUUCUCAAUUGCUCUGUCGCAAUUAACUAUAUAGUGUAAUAGUGUAAUAUUAUUUGUUUUUUUCUAUGCUUUUAACAAUUUUAUUUUAAUAAUAAUUUCUAGCGUAAGAUAAGAAUUUAAAGAAACAAAUUUAAAACCUCCAUAAACUUGCUAUAUAUAAAUUUUGCAAAUUUUAAAACAUUUUUUGUUUGUUAUUUACAAUAUCUGAUGAAAGUCAUCAAUUUAUGAUGAUUUAAAUUGAUUUUAAUUUUGUGUUUUCUUUUUUUUUUUUUGUUAUUUUUAUUUUUUUGUUCUGUCAGAUUAAAAAAUUUUUUUGUUAUUUUAGCUCAGCGAUAUAUCUUUUAUUACUUUAUUAUAAAAUAUAGUGAACGAGUGAAAUUUCUAUAUUUAUUUUCUUAUUUUUAUGUUCGUUGUUGAUUAAUGAACAUUUAUAAUUUUGUAUUCUUUUUUUUGGAAUGUGAGUUCUUUUUUGUAUUUUUUAAAAUGCACUUAAAAGCAUAUAAAAGAAACUAUUUAAUAAACAAAGAAAAAAACUAAUAAUAAUAAUAAUCAAGUAUUCAACAUCGAGAAUUACAAGUAUUCUUGUUAGUCAGCUAGAACUUAAGCAUGACUAGUGCCUCUAGUUGUAAAAUCUUUAAAAAAAACAAAUUAAUGAGAAAUGAUUCGUCAAUAAACUGUUAUUUACCGAAACA